UGUGUUUUUCGUACGGAUCACAGUGUCUCCUCCUCGCCAGAUUCCAUGGACGUCCUUACAAAGCUUCAACCAAUCUGUGUAGCAAUCUCAAUAGCACUGUUACUCCCAAUUAUCCUUGUCCUCAAACUCAUCCUUAGGCCUUUGUUCGCCAAGAAAUGGAGAAGAAGAAAUUACCCUCCAGUUGCGGGAACCGUGUUUCAACAGUUGAAGAACUUCCAUAGACUCCAGGACUUCCAAACUGACAUCUCUCACAAGUACAAGACUUUCAGGAUGCUUACCCCUUCCUGCAACUAUGUCUACACUAUUGAUCCGGUUAACGUUGAGUAUAUCUUGAAAACUAACUUUGCAAACUAUGGCAAGGGAAAGGCUUUUCAUGAUGUUACAAAGGAUCUCCUGGGAGAUGGGAUCUUUGCAGUAGAUGGUGAGAAGUGGAGGCAGCAGAGAAAGAUUGCAAGCUAUGAGUUCUCUGCAAGAGUCUUGAGGGAUUACAGUAGUGCAGUGUUCAGAAAUACUGCUGCCAAACUGGUUGAGAUUAUUUCAGUGGCUGUAAACUCUGAACAGAUGAUUGAUAUCCAAGACUUGUCAAUGAAAUCAACCUUGGAUUCAAUAUUCAAGGUUGGAUUUGGGGUGGAGCUUGGCACACUUUCAGGUUCCAACAAGGAAGGGAGAAACUUUGCAAAGGCAUUUGAUGAUGUAAACCGAACAAUAUUGAAGCGCUUCCUUGAUGUCUCUUGGAAAAUUAAGCGGUUUCUCAGUAUUGGUGAAGAAGCUGAUAUGAAGAAGAACAUCAGAUACAUUGAUGAUUUCGUUCAUAUGCUUAUGAAGGAGAAGAUGGAACAAUCAGCUAAUCACAAGGAUGAUGUUAUGAUCAAAGAGGAUAUUUUGUCAAGAUUUCUAAUGGAGAGGAAGAAGGAUCCUUCAACCAUGAGUGAUCAGUACUUGAGAGACAUAAUCUUGAAUUUUGUCAUUGCAGGCAGAGACACAACUGCCGGUACACUCUCAUGGUUCUUCUAUAUGCUGUGCAAGCAUCCUGAUGUGCAGGAGAAGGUAGCACAAGAAAUCAGAGAAACAACCAACACCAAAGACAAAAUUCCAUUCAGUGAAUUUUCCUUAGCUUUAACUGAAGAAGCCCUCAACAACAUGCAGUAUCUGCACGCAGCUCUAUCGGAAACACUAAGGCUAUACCCUGCUGUUCCAUUGGAUGCAAAGGAAUGCUCCUCAGAUGAUACAUUGCCAGAUGGUUUUGCCGUGAAGAAAGGGGAUAUGGUGAACUAUCAGCCUUAUGCUAUGGGCAGAAUGAAGUUCCUCUGGGGUGAUGAUGCGGAUAACUUUCGCCCUGAGAGAUGGUUCAAUGAUGAGGGGGUUUUCCAGCCAGAGAACCCUUUUAAGUUUACUGCUUUCCAGGCUGGUCCAAGAAUCUGCCUAGGAAAGGACUUUGCCUACAGACAAAUGAAGAUCCUUGCCGCAACUCUCCUACAGUUCUUCAGGUUCAAACUCUGGGAUGAGAACAAACUGGUAAAUUAUAGGACUAUGUUAACUCUUCAAAUUGAUGGAGGGCUCCAAUUAUGUGCGAUGCAAAGGUAAAAAUUGUCUUUGUGCUAUAGACACCAGUCUCAAAUUCCUUAAGUCAAGGAUGUAACUGAAGAAGUGAUAGUCUUAUCAAUACAUAGUGUGUUCGUAUAUCAGCAAUGGCACAAACUGGAUUCUGUGUUCUGUAUAUGCUAGAAGUUCUUAAUUUGGACCUGAUUUCUCCCAUUUUGUAAAUUUCAGUAGUUACAUCUUGAAAAAUAAUUGAUGAGAAAACAAGACUUGAAACCUUA